AUGUCGUUGAAAUACGACCCCGACGCCUCUCUGGUCGACGCUACUUGGAUAGCGGUCUUUCUGAGCGAGAGAGAUGUGGCCGGUCAAAUUCCCCUCAAUUUCAUCACCACCUCGGCCGUGUCCCUGCGCGCAGCAUGCUUCGGCAAAAAUGUUUACGACCGGAAUUCCGCAGGAAAAUGCAUCUCGAAUCUGCUCGAACUAGGGUACCGCCGGUUUGUUGUCGAUCUAUACUGGUCUGUCGAAGGGCGCAGCUGGAAUUUCUGCCCAGUCACAAUCCCGAAUGAAGCGCCGGUCGUGACUCUUUCAUCGACCACGACGUCGAGCGCAACGGCGACUCCUACCUCUUCAUCGACAACCACGGUGGACGCGGCGCAAGGGACCGCGACAGUCAUUUCUGACUCCUCCGGUUCACGAAUAUACGAGCUCGGGCCGUACCAAUGCUCGGACAACCUCUACCUGUCGGAUAUGAUCGAUGUGUUCCUGGAUUUCUUCAAAGCCACGACGUCGCAACUGAACGUGUAUACCAGAUUCAUCUCGUUCAACCUUCAUGCCGCCUCCAGUGCCGAAGCUCCUAGCCGACCCGCGGCAAAGGUGUCUGGAACCGACCUGCCGACUAUAUCAGAGCGAAUUGACAACAUAAUAGAUGAUCGCCUGUAUCAUUAUAUAUACACCCCUUCGCAGCUGGCGGAUGAGCGCAGCAAUCUCAAUGAGUCGUGGUACAAGGUCGACGACGGAUAUAAGCCCAUCACGGAGUACUUCACCAUACACGAAGAUGAGGACGGCAUACAGAGCACCCCCGACGGGUGGCCGUGUACGAAAUAUAUCCAGCUAGCCGAGGAGGAACGGCUUCUGCUGGAAUAUGGCUCAAUCGACCCCCAAAUGGAAGAUUAUACCUUGGCCAACGAUAAUGACAUCAUAUUCCCUCCCGAGUACCUCACCGCUACGACCCCCCUAUCCAUCAGGGACGACGAAAUCGAAACCGGCUGCUUCUACAAUACUGAAGCCUUUAAGGUCUCCGAGGUGAAUUCAUCGUGGGCCGUGUCCAACAGUCUUCCUAUGCCCGUGGGGUCCAACAGGACCCAAUUCCUGGGCGAACUGGCCGGCAUGGUCACCAACGUGACCGCCUGCGGCCUUACCCCGUUAAUAAACAGCACGAUACUCAACUCGACGGCCGACAACGACUACGACCCCUACCGAAAUGCCACCCUUUCUGCGGCAUGGGCCUGGGCCAUUGGCGAACCACGCGAUUCUGAAGUCACCGAUAACAUCAACGAGCCGUCCGGCGAUCGCUGCGCCGUCAUGGACCUGUCGCUGAAUGGGCACUGGCGUGUCGUCGACUGCGACCAGCCGCUACGCCGCGGCGCCUGCCGAGUCGACAACGACCCCUUUACCUGGACCAUUUCCGAUGCUGAAAGCAGCUAUCCCGACGCCUACGACCACGGCUGCCCCGAAAACACAUCCCUGGGCGUCCCGCGCACCGCCCUCGAAAACACCUAUCUGUACCGCUUCGCAUCUGACAGGUCCAGCGCCGGAGGCGGGAUGGACCCGGCGUCCGCGGAUCCACAGAUGCGCGAAAUCUGGCUGGACUUUAACUCCCGGCAUAUCGCAUCCUGCUGGGUUUCUGGCGGCCCAGACGCCCAAUGCCCGUACGCUUCGGAUCCGCAUCAGUUGCAGAAACGCGCCGUCCUGGUUGCUGCCAUCGCGGGAAUCGUGAUCUGCAUCAUCACAGCCUUGACCUUGUUCGUGAAAUGUAAUACCAAUCGACGAAACUCACGACGGAGUAAGAGGGUUAUUCAGGGGUGGGAAUAUGAAGGUGUUCCUUCUUAG